CUUUUUCCUUUUUUUAGGUUUCGUUCCCUAGGAUUUGUAGAGGUGUAUGCAUGAGGCGCGGGGAAACAGCUGCUGUGCAUUGUCAGGCUGGGCGCACACAGGAAAGGGAGACAAGAGAGAAAGAGAGGGAGAGGAUCCCCCAUUUUAGCUCAACAAUACUCCAGCAGUGCAGAGAUAUCUACAACAAUGGCAGCCGGCCACUGUGCCAUUGAUCCUCGUGGCAACCUACUAUACGCACACAGUCCAUCUAAUUCUUGUUUUAGACUGACUCUUUCUCAGUGAGUCAUGGACUUUGAAUAAAUGUCAUGACUGCAGCAAAUUAGAGAGUUGAAACCGGACGUCGGCGUCGAUAUCGACAGCGUGAAUAACGCCUGGCGUCUUUAUUUAGUCAUCUAUUGCCUGGCGGGCGUAGUGACUUACCAACUGGAUGUAAGACACUGCACCGGAGAGAGAGCGACGGAUGGCAAGAGAGAGAGAGAGAGAGUAAGGGAGGGAGGACGAGUGGCCGGGCAAGCGCAGAAAAAAAAAAAAAAAAAACAUAGCGAAGAGGAAGAGAGAGUCGCAGGAGGAAGAGGGAGAAUGCACGACGUCUGGCUAACUCUUCCAUGCUGGUAUCAAGGGCCUUUGUGAAUACACCAUGGGAUGCAUCGGCUCCAGGAGACUGACAGCAGAUGGCGUGCCAGUCCAGAAGGAUGGGGAGCAGCAUGGACGCUCAGAAUUUUCAUGGGAAGGAAUCAAUCUGUCCAUGGAGGACACCACGUCCAUCCUACCGCGCCUCAAGAGGAACUCAAACGCCUACGGCAUCGGAGCUCUGGCUAAGUCUUCUCUGUCAGGUGUGUCAGGUGUGAGCCGCACCAUGAAGGAAAGAGUGACCAAACCCACGGCCAUGGCUCAGGGCCGUGUCGCGCACAUGAUCGAGUGGCAAAACUGGAGCAUGCAGACGGUGGGCCCGGGUGGAAUUCCUCAGCCCCGCAUCUCCACCCAGGAGCGGGAAAAGGAGCGGCGGCUGGAGAACGACGCCUACAGCGAUCUGAGCGACGGCGAGAAGGAAGCCCGAUUCACCGCAGGCAUCCUGCAGCAGUUUGCCAUUUCAGAGGCUACACUCCUGGCCUGGACAUCCAUGGAUGGCGAGAGCCCUAUGUCGGGGUCAAACCAGGGCAGCGUGGCCCAUCUGAGCGAAUUCAACCAGGAGAGCAUCACCAGUCGAGACCAGAUCUUGCACCACUCCUCUGCGGAAGUGUGGCCCCACACCUACGUCUCCCAAGGACACUACUGCCUCUCUUCCUCGGACGCUUGGGAUCCCAUCAACAACGAUUCGACUGGCGUGGCAUCUCCCGCCGCCGGCUCCUACCUCUUGGGCACGGAGGGUUAUGACGGGCAGGCGACCGCUCACUUCCUGUCGCAACAGCAGCAGCAACAACAGCAGUUAAACCUCCAGCAGCAGAGCCAACUGCAGCAGCUGCAGCAGAUCCAACAGAUGCAGCACUACCAGCAGCAGCAGCAGCUCAUGCAGUAUCAGCAACAGUCGCUGGAACACAGGCUGCACAGCGCCAACCACUCCUUGCAAGCCACCCCCAACAGCACCAUUCACAGCCUGGUCCAACACGUGCACCCGCCUCUGGUUGACCUAUGGAACACGGGACAGAUGGAGGCCUAUCAGGUAGAGGCAGGAGGCUUCAUGGGCGUGGCGGCCGUGGUGGAGCCCAGUCUCUGCGUCCCCGGCGGAGAGGAGUUAGUGGGGAAUGAGCACUCGCCACUGCUGGAGCAGCAGGAAGAAGAGGACGAUAUUAAGGAUAGAGAGGUGACACUGUGUAUGGAGCCAGAGUCGGCCACAUUGACUCCGCCCACACAGCCAGGGGACACCUCCGGCGGCAGUAGUCCGGGGCAACCGCCGCCGGAGCCAAUGGCUGAGCUGAAGGCCUCCGAUGCGGCGACGUCCAUCGGCCUUACUCACACGCUACAGGAAGAGGAAGAGGGGGAGCAGGGCCAGAAGCAGCAGGAAGGGCUGGCCGCUUCCAUGGCAACCAACUGACUUCCUGGCUGUGUGAAGUGACAAAUACAAACUGACCAGCAGAGUCAGAUAUAGUAAUACAUUAUCUAUCUAUUAUUCUGUUGCUUUUCAGGUAUCAAAAACAAAAACAAAAAAAACUUUUUUUUUGGAAGAUGGACUGAAAAGCGGACUGAAGGAAGACCUGAUGCAACUAACUUUGUAAGCCUUACAUCCCAAAGGUAAAUAAUGAAAGAAGAUGAAGGAGGAGGCGGAGCUACACAAACAUUACCACCAGGGACGGGGGGGGGUGGGGGGGGUGUUACAUGCAUGCUUAUUUCUGACGACUGACCCCAUCAUCCUAUAAUGAAAAAUUUAACAUAAUUAAACAUUAUAAUAUGAAUAAUUUUGUAAUAAAGCAGACAAAGGAGCAAGAUAAAAAUCAAUGUUUAAGUGUAUAAUAAGAUAAUAAUGAGUGGGGGCAGUUUACAACAUACAGUAUGAGAACAUUGUGCAACCCCCUUACAAAAAGCAGGUUUUAAAGCCCUCCAAUGAUUAAUUCUUCCAUGACUGCACACAAACUUACAUUGCACAGAUAAGGAUUGUACUGUAAAAAAAAUAAUAAUAAUUGUGCUUCCUACUCUGUGGCUCUGUAUGCAUGUUCCUACGGAGUACCUGUACUAUACAUCACUGUAUAGACUUUGCACUGAACCAUAGCGGGAGGAGGGUGGGAUUUAAACCGUGGGCUCGGAGCAGUCGGGAAAGAAAAAUAAAGACAGAGCUCUCUUUUUUUGCACUGAUGCGAUCCAACCGAUCUGAGGUUGCCUUUUGGACUGUUGAUGUUCGCGGAGGCUUACUCUUCAAAGCUUUUAGCACCACACACACACACACACACACACACACACACACACACACACACACACACACACACACACACACACACACACACACACACACACACACACACACACACACACACACACACACAACCACUUGAAAACAACACCAAUCCUCAGUUGAUGAUAACGAUGACAAACAUUAUUUGAAUGUACGGGAACACUUUCAGUGGGGAUUUGUGUGUUGAAUUUUGGAUCAUUGAUGGCUCAUCUGCACCACUACUACAACUACUAUUACUACUACUUCUACUACUACACAGCUCCACAGGUAUUUGGACAGUGAAACAACCACAAUGGACUUAAAAUUAAGAAAAUAUGUGGUUGAAGGGUAGAAUUUUAGCUUUAAAAGGUUUCACAAAAAUAUGACAUUCAACAUUUUUGUAUUAGGGUCAUUUAAGUGGAAUACCUCCAUUUUCAGGGCUUAUGAUGACACAAUUGUGAGUAUAACCGUGUAUUGUAUAUCGCAUAGCAGUUAACGACAACACCCGAUUUUAAGUUUCUUGAUGUGUGUCAUUUGUUAGUUAAUGUGGACCUAGGUGACAUUUGUAGCAUUGCUUUGGAAUACAUGCUAGCAUACAGCAGGACCCCAACUUACGAGCUUAAUUGGUUCCGUGACCGAAUUCGUAACUCAACGUCUCCAUUGAAAUAAAUGUGUUUAAUUAGUGCUUGAUUUAAAGGCCUACUGAAAUGAGAUUUUCUUAUUUUAAACGGGGAUAGCAGGUCCAUUCUAUGGGUCAUACUUGAUCAUUUCGCGAUAUUGCCAUAUUUUUUCUGAAAGGAUUUAUCGACGAUAAAGUUCGCAACUUUUGGUCGCUACUAAAAAAGCCUUGCCUGUACCGGAAGUAGCAGACGAUGACGUCACCGGUACGAGGGCUCCUCACAUUGUUUAUAACAUGAGCCUCCAGCAGCAAGAGCUAUUCGGACCGAGAAUGCGACAAGUUUCCCAUUAAUUUGAGCAAGAAUAAAAGAUUCGUGGAUGAGGAAAUUUAGAGGGAUGACCUAGAAGAAGAAGAAAAAAAAAAGUUUAAAGAAAAUGUUCUUAGACACAUUUACUAGGAUAACUCUGGGAAAUCCCUUAUCUGCCUAUUGUGUUGCUAGUGUUUUAGUGAGUUAAAGAGUACCUCAAAGUCAGAGGGGUGUGGCCACGGGUGUUUUGACGCCAGAGUCUCUGAGAAAAGUCACGGCCGCAGGAGGAGGCUGGCUCUGCUGAUCUCCGGUAAGAGGCGACUUAUUUCCACAAUUUUCUCACAUGAAAUGUAGUCGUGAUCCAUGUUCGCUUGACCGCUCUGAUCCAUAGUAAAGCUUCACCUCCGGGAAUUUUAAACAAGGAAACACCGUGUGUUUGUGUGGCUAAAGGCUACAAGCUUCCCACCUACAUUUUUCUACUUUGAAUUCUCCAUCAUUAAUUGAACAAAUUGCAAAAGAUUCAGCAACACAGAUGUCCAAAAUACUGUGUAAUUGCGAGAUGAAAAGAGACGACUUUUAGCCAUAAGUGGUGCUGGGCUAAUAUGUCCCCUCCAACCAAUAACGUCACAAACACGUCAUCAUUCCGCGACGUUUUCAACAGGAAACUCCACGGGAAAUUUAAAAUUGUAAUUUAGUAAACUAAAAAGGCCGUAUUGGCAUGUGUUGCAAUGUUAAUAUUUCAUCAUUGAUAUAUAAACUAUCAGACUGUGUGGUCGCUAGUAGUGGCUUUCAGUAGGCCUUUAACACGUAACAUGAAAAGAAAAACAAAUACAUAUUGCAUAGAAACAAUACAAUAAAAAGUACUACUAACUGUUUAUGAAGUAAUAUAAUAAUAAUGUACAGCAUUUGAAUUUGAGAGUGGAAUUCUACGGUAUAUCAUUGCAGCUGCUUCUAAGUCAAACACACCAUCAGCAGCUAUUCCAUAUUUAUCAAUCAUAAUUCAUGAUUAAAUGUCAGCCGUUUCUAUAUUAUUUUAACAUUUUCGGCUGGCAAUAGACUCAUUCUUCAUUAGGGGCGGUAUGGCGUAGUGGGUAGAGUGGCUGUGCCAGAAACCUGAGGGUUGCAGGUUCAUUUCCCGCCUCUUACCAUACAAAUCGCUGCUGUUGUGUCCUUGGGCAGAACACUUCACGCUUGCCCUCCAUUCAUCAUUCAUUCACACUGGUGAAUGAAUGAUGAAUGGUGGUGGUCGGAGGGGCCGUAGGCGCAAACCGGGGCAGCUGUGGCUACGAAAGUAGCUUACCUCCACCAGGUGUGAAUGAAUGAUGGGUUAUCACUUCUCUGAAGCGCUUUGAGUGUCUAGAAAAGUGCAAUAUAAAAAUCUGAUCCAUUAUUUAUUGUUAUUAUUCUGCUUCAGUGUGGCGCAGACGAGCAAUGCUACGCUCAAAUUGAUUUCCAAUCCAAUCCAAUCCACUUUAUUUAUAUAGCACAUUUGACAAAAACAAUAGAAGUUUCACAAAGUGCUGCACAGAAGUUAAAUUUGCCUGAUUGGCGACACGUCCGGUCGUGUUUUGAUGAUUUGUUUCUCUUUUUUCUACGAAUAUCAUCCGCUUCUUCUUCUAAGCACCGUCCUUCACACUCACUUUCUUCCUUUACAGGAUUAAAAAACUGAGUUGUGUCUAUCUCUAGCAAUAAGCUAAUUGUAAGGAGUUUGUUUUGGACAGAUCUUGCAGCGUUCACUGUGAGAUUUUAUGAAAAUGAUGCCUAUAACUUAAAUUUUCGUUUGCAAUCUACAAACCCCGUUUCCAUAUGAGUUGGGAAUUUGUGUUAGAUGUAAAUAUAAACAGAAUACAAUGAUUUGCAAAUCCUUUUCAACCCAUAUUCAAUUGAAUGCACUACAAAGACAAGAUAUUUGAUGUUCAAACUCAUAAAAAUUAUUUCCAUUUUUUGCAAAUAAUAAUUAACUUAGAAUUUCAUGGCUGCAACACGUGCCAAAGUAGUUGGGAAAGGGCAUGUUCACCACUGUGUUACAUCACCUUUUCUUUUAACAACACUCAAUAAACGUUUGGGAACUGAGGAAACUAAUUGUUGAAGGUUUGAAAGUGGAAAUCUUUACCAUUCUUGUUUUAUGUACAGCUUAAGUUGUUCAACAGUCCAGGGUUUUGUUGUCGUAUUUUACGUUUCAUAAUGCGCCACACAUUUUUGACGGGAAACAUGUCUGGACUGCAGGCGGGCCAGGAAAGUACCUGCACUCUUUUACUACGAAGCCACGCUGUUGCAACACGUGGAUUGGCAUUGUUUUAUUGAAAUAAGCAGGGGCGUCCAUGAUAAGUUUGCUUGGAUGACAACAUAUGUUGCUCGAAAACCUGUAUGGACCAUUCAGCAUUAAUGGUGCCUUCACAGAUGUGUAAGUUACCCAUGCCUUGGGCACUAAUACACCCCCAUACCAUCACAGAUGCUGGCUUUUCAACUUUGCGCCUAUAACAAUCCGGAUGGUUAUUUUCCUCUUUGUUCCGGAGGACACCACGUCCACAGUUUCCAAAUAUAAUUUGAAAUGUGGACUCCUCAGACCACAGUACACUUUCCCACUUUGCAUCAGUCCAUCUUAGAUGAGCUCGGGCCCAGCGAAGCCGACGGCGUUCCUGGGUGUUGUUGAUAAAUGGCUUUCGCUUUGCAUAGUAGAGUUUUAACUUGCACUUACAGAUGUAGCAACCAACUGUAGUUACUGACAGUGGUUUUAUGAUGUGUUCCUGAGCCCAUGUGGUGAUAUCCUUUAUACACUGAUGUCGGUUUUUGAUGCAGUACCGCCUGAGGGGUCAAAGGUCCGUAAUAUCAUCGCUUACGUGCAAUGAUUUCUCCAGAUUAUCCGAACCUUUUGAUGAUUUUACGGUCCGUAGAUGGUAAAAUCCCUAAAUUCCUUGCAAUAGCACGUUGAGAAAUGUUCUAAAACUGUUCGACAAUUUGCUUACAAAUUGGUGACCCUCACCCCAUCCUUGUUUGUGAAUUACUUGGUAUUUCAUGGAAGCUGCUUUUAUACCCAAUCAGGGCACCCACCUGUUCCCAAUUAGCCUGCACACCUGUGGGAUGUUCCAAAUAAGUGUUUGAUGAGCAUUCCUUAACUUUAUCAGUAUUUAUUGCCACCUUUCCCAACGUCUUUGUCACGUGUUGCUGGCAUCAAAUUCUAAAGUUAAUGAUUAUUUGCAAACAAAAAAAAAUGUUUGUCAGUUUGAACAUCAAAUAUGUUGUCUUUGUAGCAUAUUCAACAGAAUAUGGGUUGAAAAGGAUUUGCAAAUCAUUGUAUUCUGUUUAUAUUUACAUCUAACACAAUUUCACAACUCAUAUGGAAACGGGGUUUGUAAAACAUAAUUAGCCAAGAGACGGCUCUUUUCUCAAAACACUCUUAAAUUGAGGUAAUAACAAAACCUAAUGGUCGAUGACUUAUGGACAAUUACUCCAGCUGGCUUAAUGUUUUUUCAAUAGAUCUGACUAGAAUUUUACAUACGUGUGCUUUUCAGUCCCCUAAAGAUGUUUGCCAAAUUCAACAAAAACACCUGUGGGUUACUGCAGGUGUUGGUUAGUUACCUUGACUGUAUGUAAGACUUGUGCUAAAUAAUAUUGUUUUGCGAAACUUCCCAAUCCAGUGGUUCUUAACCUUGUUGGAGGUACCGAACCCCACCAGUUUCAUAUGCGCAUUCACCGAACCCUUCUUUAGUGAAAAAUAAACUUUUUUUUUAUAAUUCAAAUCAAAGUUAUAUGUUUUUUUUCCACUAGUGCACCAAAUGAACCGUGCAUGAACAUAGUCUUGUUCAAAGAACAACACCAACACAGUGCAUGAACUCACAACAAAUAACACACCUGCGAACCCGAUGGAAAAUUAGAGGGAACAUUGUUUUGGGGGUAUGCAUAAUACGGCAGAAGGGAGAAGUUUUUAUUCACACGAUGACUCUGGUGUGUCUUGACCUCCGCCGAACCCCUGAGGCCGACUCACCGAACCCAGGUUAAAAACCACUUUUCUUAAUCAAAGCUAAGUCUACAUUUCAAUCACCUUUUUAUUGUUUCAUUUAAAAGACAAUGUGGUAACAAAUUGUCCAAAUACUUGUGUGGCAAAAAUACAUUAAUAUCUCAAUUGUAACCAGCAAUAGGCAGGCACAAGGCUGUCAGCUCUUGUUUCAUGGAUGUAAAUAAUAUAGAAAAGCGUAAAACACCUCACACUCACAAAUGCUCGUCAAAAGUAUUAUAGUUUUUUAAAAAUCUUUUUUUGUUGGGAUUUUUCCUGAACUCACAUGCUUGAAUUUACCAUUCAUGAUGAAUAGGUUCCAUUAGACUAGAAAUGAAACCCAUGGCUGCUUAAUCAGCCAAUCAGGGACUGGAAGAGGUGGAGCAUAAGGCAUCUUCCUUGCUGACGUGUGAGGCAGCUGCUGUGUGGCAUCCUUUUUGUGCGGACAUAUUUUUUACAUUAUUUUGACUUGUGUUCCUGCCAGGAAAAGGAGAGAGGAAUAUGGAGCUCAAACAAGACACUUUCUGUGCAUGGAAACUUUUCCACCAUUUCUCAUUGAUUGUGUGAGAAUCUUUCAAGCGAUAAAGAAAAACAAAAAAAACGGACUUAAAUGACUUCAUGUACUGAUUGCUUCUUUAUGCAACGUUGGGACAAUGUUUAUUUUUCUACUUGAAACCCCUAAAGCUAGAAUAGGUGUCAUGGUUGUAAUGGCAGUGGGGAAUGGCGCACUUUGACCCCAAGAAGACAACUUGGCGAGGGAUAAAAGGCAGAUUUUGUCACUUUUGACGAGUGUACAACGGCUCCAAACAAGAAUGUCUUUGUACAAUGGCACAUAUUCGUUUAUUUAUUGAGCAAUUAGGGAGGAUUAGCUUGUACAGGAUCUUAUCAUUUUAUUAGGCGCUGCUUUGGUUCCAUAGGGGCUCACCUCAGAAAUGAACCAUGCAUGGAAAAGCAGAAUCGCCACUGCUUCUUUUUUUUUUUUUUUGGCAGGGGGUACAGGGGUGCUGAAUUCCUGCUUUUAUUUUGUUGAGCAAUCAAUGAAUGAAUAAAUAAGAAGCCACAUUUAUUCCUGUGGAUGUUAAGGCUUUUAA